GGCAUCUCUGCUUAGAGGAUAGCGUCUAUAUGUUGAUAAGCGUACCGGUGUAAAUGCAUUAUAUUAUAUUUUUAAUAGUUCUAAACAUAUUGCUGUAAGUGAUACUCUUCGCAUUGUGAAUGUUUCCCAGUUAAUCAUGUCAGAAGUGAAAGCUUGCGUUGUCGUUGGUUGCGGUGCAAAUUCCGAGGUAUGCCCUUACCUGUUCUUUUUGAAAGUGCCACAAAAUCCAGAGCGACGUGUUGACUGGUGUGAUGCUAUGGGUAUUGCAACUCGAAAAGGUCGACUUUAUUGCUGCACUAGACAUUUCGACAUUCCUGGAGAUUUCGAUGGUGAUGCCCCUUCGGACAAGUCUAGCGGAAUCCGAUUAAAACUUAAGGGAGAUGUUCUUCCGCACAAAGGAAUACCUCUUCAACAUGAAGUACGAAAUAUAUACGCAAUUUUUGACCAGAUGAAGAAUAAUGGUAAAAUCGAGAAAAAUUUCAAGUAUCUUCUCCCUGCUCUAGAGCAAGAUCUACAAAUAAAAGUGCCAUUGAACAUCCAACCAUCAAUGCUAGAUAAAACGUAUUGUCUGUUGAUUGAUAAAGUGAGUGAGUAUUUCAAAACAGAUCGUAUCAAGUCCCGUUAUCAGUUAGUUGAACUUCUGAAAAGCAGUCGUGAUGAAAUCGCUGAAAUAGUCAACGAGAAGUUUGUCAAAGGUACUCAGCAAGGACAUAUAAUGCUGAGAACUAUACAACCAUUUCUUCAAUACGAGUCCUAUGGGUGUUUAGAUUUGCCUAUCGAUCACGAGCAGUUAGAAUCUCUUUACUUCGAGUGCGAUACAAAUCAAUUAAAAGUAUAUGCCCGUCAACGAAAGAUUCCUACGCCAACCAGCGUUGACGACACGAAUUUUAAACAUCUGUUUUUCACCCCAGGUAUCAGAGUAAAUUUGACGCUUCCGUUUCUGGAAAUGGUAAGGGAAGUGGUUUCAAAUUGUGAAAGAUUUGUUGUCACUGCAAAAGGAGCGACAAAACAUUCCGAACUAAAACCGAACGGCCUGGAAAAGUUCCAGAAAGUAGACAAACCUUACCGUCUGAAGUCUGCUAAAGUGGGACAAAACCUUACUUUAGAAUAUAUAGACAUAUUGAUCAACAUGUUCGAAUCUUAUGAGUUUAUGAUGAGCCAAAUUCAACGAUCUACCCUGAUUUGUCUGUUACAACAAAUCCGAAGCGAGCUGUCUGAUUAUGAGAUGAAGGAAUUACAAGUCACCUACGGUCGCUAUCUGUCCAAGUACAAAUAUUAUCGAGUCAUCAACGAAGACAUAGCACCAGAGCGCGGUGACGAUGAUCACUUUUUGUACGUGAAGGAAAUCAUCAACCCGGAGUUGAAUUUCCAAUUUCUCAAAGCUAUUGACAUCGACUUGUCAAGUAUGGGUAGUAUCGAAGAGUUUUUCCGGCCUAUUCUUGGGUACGUGAAUGAAGAUGCAAAGUACACGGACGGUGAACCUUACCUGAAAUUUGCCGAUCAGCUCAAGAAAGCAAUAACGUAUGCCUGCCAAGAGUGUAACAUGACGUUUGAUUCAGCCCUGGCGCGACUCACUAUCCAAGAGCAUCGUUACUGUGGAACGAAGAAGUGGAAGUGUGUAAACUGUCAGUCGUCGUUUCAAGAAAGCAAAAUUGCCUCCGAGGCUUGGCUUCACAACUGUGCGGCUAAUAGUACGAAAAAAAAUCUUUCCUGAUUUUUAUUGCCAUUAUAAGAGUAACAUGAUCUGCUUUCGUUUUUAGUUUCCUUUCUGUUGUAGUUCUGAGAAUUGACAUCCAAAUAAAAUUUCCAAUG